AUGAGCAAAGACCAACUUCAGAGCAACAGUCCAGAAAGCAUCCAUGAGACCCGGCCCCACGGCGAGGCCACCAGCCUGCUUGAGCUUCUGCAGCGAGCUGCAACCACGUCUGCAGGAGUAACCUUUUACAAGACCUCACCAUCAGAUACAGAGGCGGGAGAGCGUCUCUCCUAUUACCAGCUGCUUGACCAGGCCCGCCACGAUGCACACUGGCUGCAAACCUCCAUGCCGAACCUAAAGCGGGACACGGUGUUCCUGCUGCAUUUUGACACCCAUGAGGAAAACAUCCGCUGGUUCUGGGCCUGCACAGUCGCGGGAUACUUGCCUUGUAUUGUCCCCAAGCUUGCAGUUUCGACCGACCGUCGCAUUGCCCAGGCCAAACACAUUCUCCAGAUGCUGGAUGAUCCGGUAGUGCUCAGCAACAGCCGCAUGGCAUGUGCCUUUCAGGGCGUCGACACACCACGUUUGUAUCGUAUGGAUCAGGAAUCCGCAUUGACUUCCACCACCACCUCCUCCUCCUCCUCCGCCUCCAUUCGGCUUCCGAUGGGUCGCAACCAACGGGCCGAUGAUCUCGGAGCACUGAUGCUUACCUCUGGCAGUACCGGCUUUUCCAAAGCUGUGUGUCUCCGCCAGCCACAAAUGCUGGCUGCAGCGGCUGGUAAAACUGCGCACUGCAGGGCGACCUCACAGGACGUCUUCAUGAGCUGGGUCGCACUCGACCACGCCGUCAACCUGGUUGAGAUCCACCUCCAAGCCAUGCGGCUUGGGGCCGAGCAGAUCCAAGUAGCUACGGAUCUGAUGGUGGCCGAGCCGCGCCGCUUCCUCGACCUUGUCGAUCGCCAUCGGAUUUCUGUCACCUUUGCCCCCAACUUCUUCCUGGCUCUGCUGCGCGAUCUCGUCUGUUACCCCACACCGGAGCAGAAGGCCAAGCCUGCCCCGACCUGGGACCUCUCCUGUCUGCGCUGCGUCUUUUCCGGUGGCGAGGCUACCGUGCGACAAAUGACGGUGCAGCUCAUUCGUGCCCUGGAGCCCUACGGCGCCCAGACCUUCAUCCGCGCCGGCUACGGCUUGACUGAGUCAUGCGCGGGCAUGGCUUGGGACCUGGUUGACCGGACUUUGGAUGACCUCCGCGACGCGACUAGCGAGUUUAUGUCCUGCGGCCGGCCCAUUCCCGGGGUGGAGAUGCGCGUGCUGCGUGAGACCGACAAGAGUGAGGCGGCAACCGGCGAAGAGGGCAUGCUGCAACUACGCGGAACCGUGCUGUUCAGCCAAUACUACCGUGAUCCAGCUGCCACGCGUGCAGCCUUCACGUCCGACGGCUGGUUCAUCACGGGCGACAACGCCUACCUGGACGUACAUGGCCAGCUGUACGUCACUGGCCGCACCAAGGACACGCUCCUACUCAAUGGGCUGACCAUCUUCGCGGUCGAGGUCGAGCACAGCCUCGAGCAGGCGCGUAUCCCCGGUCUGACCCCAGGCUUCACGCUGGCUUUUGCCCACCGGCCUGCUGGCGCCGUUACCGAGUCCUACUGUGUGGUAUACCUGCCCAGCUACGCCCUAGACGACGCUGCAGCUCGGGUCGCCACCAACGAAGCCAUCGAGCGCAUCGCCAGCCUGGCCGUGCACGUCAAGCCCAUCGCUAUACUCCCCCUGCCACACAAUUACUUUGAGAGAACUUCCCUCGGCAAGCUCUCCCGAGCACACUUCCGGCGCAUCUUCGAGUCGGGGGCUCUCGACUCCGAGCGGGAAGCGCAUGAGACCAGCAUCCACGCGCACCGCCAAGCGCACCGCCAGGCUCCCUCCUCGCCCACCGAGCAAACCAUCCUCACCCUCGUCUGCAGGCGCCUCAACAUAGAUCCAGACUCUGUCAGUGUGACUACCAACCUCUUCAGCCUAGGUCUCUCCUCGCUCGACUUCUACACCGUCACCCAGGAUCUGCAGCAGACUUUUGAGGUUGUCUUCACCGUCCCGGACCUCCUCAUGGACCCAACCGUCACCGGUCUUGCCCGACGCCUUGCCUCCAAACAACAAGCCAGCCCUAUCCCUGCCCUCUCUCUGGUAUCAGACACCACCAAUGAAUAUGAUCCCGUCGUGCCCCUGCAACUCUCCGGCCCCAAAGCCCCCUUAUGGCUCGUCCACCCCGCCUCUGGCAACGUCCUCAUCUUCACCAACCUAGCCCGAGCCUUCCACGAGCGUCCCAUCUACGCCUUCCGCUCCCGCGGCGUACAGCCCGGCGAGUCCCUCUUUGCCACCAUCACCGAGAUGGCAGACACGUACGCGGCCGCCAUGAGGCGCACGCAGCCCUCCGGCCCGUACGCCAUCGCCGGGUACUCGCUAGGCAGCAGCAUAGCCUUCGAGAUCGCCAAACGGCUUGAGUCCGCCGGUGAGGAAGUGCGAUUCCUGGGCGCGCUUGACGGGCCGCCCGAUAUCGCGGACUUGGUUGGUCGACUAACCUGGAACGAGGGACUGGUGAUGGUCGGGUAUUUCUAUGAACUUAUCGACGAGCCGAGGUGCGUGGCGCUUAUGCGGCAGUUGCGGGAUGUGGAUGCUGAGCUCGCGCUGGAUGUGAUUCUGGGUGAGGCGGAUAAGGAGAGACUGAAGGUGUUGAGAUUGGAUAGGGCGGGAUUGAAACAUGUUACGGAUGUUAUUGCGGGGUUCUCGAGCGCCGCGAAGGGAUAUGCUCCCCGGGGGAGUGUGGAGGUGCCGGUGGAUGUGUUUGCGGUGGAUCCGUUGUUGACAGUUACAGAUGAUCGGGUCUGUUGGGUAGAGAGGUAUUUGGGGCAGUGGAACAAGUUGUCGAAGAAAGGGAUGGUGGUGCAUCAGUGUGUAGGGAGGCAUGCGGAUAUGUUGGGAGCGAAGUAUGUGAAUGAGUUACAGCUGGUGUUGAGGAGCGUGCUAGAGGAGAGAGGGGCUUAG